AUGCGUGAUACUCUUCACAAGAUCGUCGUACCCAUCUACAGCUUGGCCAUGGAAUUGGCUGACAACGAAAAACAAGCAAAAUUGACACGUGUACUGGAUCUGUGGGACACAAACGGCUACUUGCCGCCGGACAUCCUCAAAAAUAUGCGGGUGCCCGACUGUGAAGAAUUCAUUCAAAAGUGGAAGGAGAAGCAGAAACAGAUCUGCGAAGCCAGGAUCGCGGCCAUUGAGACUGAGCACAACGAACGCUACGAGUCGAUGCGGAAACAGCACGAACAAUUCGCAGAACACGUUCGCAAGUCCAUAGCAGCGCGCGAAGAGGCGGCAGCGACUGGCGGUGGUGGUGGCGGU